AUGACACUACACUCUAGCACUCUCUUCUGCUUAUGCAGUUGUGUUAUCAUAUGUUUGUUAACAUCAUCUAUUACAGUUAAAGCCGCUGGUAAUGAAUCACGAAACACAUGGGCUGUUAUCUUGUCAUCUUCCAGAUACUUUUUUAAUCUGCGUCAUACAUCCAAUGCGCUUACAAUGUAUCAUUUGUGCCGCAAACAUGGAAUGGAUGAUGAUCAUAUUAUUCUUUUUCUUGGAGACAGCUAUGCCUGUGAUCCACGUAAUCCUGAUCCUGCCACUAUCUACAGCGCCCUCUCAGGACCAGAUCGUGUAAAUCUAUACAGUUGUAAUGUGCAGGUGGAUUAUGCUGGAUAUGAUGUGGAUGUGCGUCGUUUUCUUGGAGUCCUGCAAGGUCGUUACGAUGAACACACACCCCCUUCACGCCGACUAGAUACGGAUGAAAAUUCUUAUAUUUUAAUUUACGCCGCAGGGCAUGCAGCCGAAGGAUUUUUCAAAUUUCAAGACUCAGAGUUUUUAAGCUCAACAGAUGUUGCCGAUACAUUAAUGAUGAUGUGGGAACAGAGACGCUAUCACAAGGUUGUAUUUCUUGUAGAUACUUGUCAUGCACUUUCCAUGUGUCUUGAAAUUAAAGCACCAAAUGUUAUUUGUCUCACUUCCUCUGAUGUAGUACUUGAGAGUUUCUCACAUCAUAUAGAUCCUGCCUCUGGACUAACUGUUAUUUCACGGUGGUCAUUUGAAUCUUUACAGCUGCUAGAACAUGCAAAGUGCAAUAUAAAACCACACGAGCAAAAAACACCACUACAAAUGUCUUGGUAUGAUUUUAACUAUGGUAAAGAACGGAAACAACUGCCACGACCACUCUCUAUUCCGGCCCACUUUGAUGCCGUAAAUGAUCCUAAAGCUAUUAAGGAGUGGAAAUUAGAGGAAUUUUUUUGCGAUGAACCACGUAAAGUACUCCCCGUCGAUGUGCAAUAUGACCUCCUAUAG